CACCCAAACCCCAAAACCCAAAGGGCCAAAAGCCAGCCAUGGAAUUCGUCACGGCCCUUCGGGGCACGUUUGACGAAGGAAAGCCAUCGCUGUUUGAGCUCCUCUCGGAGCAGCAGCUGUCGGCGUUGCUCCCGCCGACACUGCGUUAUCUCUUGACUCUUCUCACGCACCGCUACCCGCGCCAUCUGCUGCGCGUUCUUAAUUCUUUCGACGAGCUCUAUGCCCUCGCCGCUCUCCUCGUUGAGCGCCACUAUCUGCGCACGCGCGGCGGCUCCUUCACCGAGCAUUUUUAUGGCCUGAAGCGCGAGAAGGCGCUCGCCGCCGAGAUCCCGCGCGCGACUGCUGCCGCCCCGGGCGUGGUGCGCGACGCCCUGCGCCUCAGCAACGCCGACAUAUGGAAGAACCUGGCCGUCAUGGUCGGCGUGCCCUACAUCAAGCGCAAGCUCGACGAGGCCUACGAGGUGGACGCCCCGCGCGCCCUGCUGGGUGCCGCCUACAACCGCCUGCCACACGAUGCCCGGUGGAAAGACAGGAUGGUACACUACGGCCGCUGGUUUCUGAGGAAUGUCUACCCGAGCGUCCAUGCGGCCUACUACUUUGCACUGCUGGCGUUUAACCUGGCCUAUCUGUUUGACAACUCCAAAUACCAUAACCCGUUCCUUUGGCUGAUCGGGACGCGGGUGAGGCGGAUGAAUGCGGCUGAUCACCGCGCCAUAGAGGCGCUUGAGGAGAAGCUGGCCAAGCAAGCGGGGAGGCGGACGCUGGGGGCCCGUGCGCUAGGUGCGCUGUCGCUCUUGCUCCCGACGAGCAUCUUUGCGCUCAAGUUCCUUGAGUGGUGGUACGCGUCGGAUUUCGCGAAGCAGCUAUCGAGGAGAGCGGCUGAGAGCUUGGACCUGCCGCCGCCGGUGGUGACGGGCCUUCCGUCCGAUGCGGCGAAACAGACGCAGGUCAAUGAAGAGAAAGGAGGUGAAGAGGAUGAGGUUGAUGAAGAGGAGAAAGAGCGGAGGACAGUCGAAAACGCGCCAAUCGCCGCUUCGUCGCUGUUGCCGAUCUACACGGUCCCGCCACCGGAGAACUCGGAGCUGUGCCCCAUCUGCCAGGGCGAGAUUACUACGCCAACGGCAUGCCCGACAGGCAUCGUGUAUUGCUACGCAUGCAUCCACAAAUGGAUGACCGGGACACAUCCGCGGCAGGAGAAGUUCAUGACUAACAGGGCUGGGAAGUGGGAGUCAGGCGCUGGUAGGUGCGCCGUUUCUGGAAGACGCGUCCUUGGGGGUACCGAGUCAUUGAGGAGGGUUAUGGUAUGAUGUGUUUGCGCUGUACGAAUCAUGAGCUAAAAGCAUGGAUUGGCGUUGGGUUGCGGAAAUUCUAUCUUGGAUCACGGUUGUAUUAUGAGAUGGAGUGUCAUUCAAUUAGUGUAAUAGUAUUUCUCAUGGACGAUCUAAUGAUCAAUCCAAUCUACAGAUCCACG